ACAAAACCAGUAACCAAAAAAAUAAAAAAAAACUUGUAUUUUUCUUUUACUUCUGUGAUCUCUCUAAUGGAGCAACAACAACAGCUACCUUCUACUACUACUAGACCCAAGCCCAAGCUACUAAACCGGCUCAACACCUAUGUCGGUUCGAGCCGGGUUGGCAAACGGUUCAAACUCGCCGAACGUAAUUCUACUUUCACGACGGAGCUCCGUGCUGGUACGGCUACUUUUCUCACCAUGGCUUAUAUCCUCGCCGUCAACGCUUCAAUCCUCUCUGAUUCCGGUGGAACUUGCUCUGUUUCCGAUUGUAUCCCUCUCUGCUCAAACCCAACGAUCCAACCUUCUCAGUGUACCGGACCGGGUCUCCGAUUGAUCCAACCCGACGUUUCUUGUAAAUUCAACCCGGUUAAUCCCGGUUACGCCACUUGCGUCGAAGGAAUUCGAAAGGAUCUAAUCGUCGCCACCGUAGCUGCGUCACUAAUCGGUUGUGUAAUCAUGGGAUUGAUGGCGAAUCUUCCUCUAGCUUUAGCUCCGGGAAUGGGAACUAACGCUUAUUUCGCUUACACCGUCGUUGGGUUUCACGGAUCCGGUUCAAUCUCAUACCGGACCGCUCUCGCCGCCGUUUUCAUCGAAGGAUUGAUAUUUCUCUUCAUCUCCGCCAUAGGUUUCAGAGCAAAGCUCGCGAAACUCGUUCCUAAACCGGUCAGAAUCAGUUCCUCCGCCGGAAUCGGACUUUUCCUGGCUUUCAUCGGUUUACAGAACAAUCAAGGAAUCGGUUUAGUCGGUUAUAGUCCUUCAACACUCGUCACUCUCGCCGCUUGUCCAACCUCAUCACGAAUAUCGUUAGCUCCCGUUAUAACGUCGGCUAACGGAACCGUUAGUUUACUCGCCGGCGGAUCAGUUUCCGGCGAUAUUAUGUGUCUUCACGGACGAAUGGAGAGUCCAACGUUUUGGCUUGGUAUCGUCGGAUUCGUGAUCAUAGCUUAUUGUUUGGUGAAGAACGUGAAAGGAGCGAUGAUCUAUGGGAUCGUCUUUGUAACGGCCGUUUCGUGGUUCCGUAACACAGAGGUAACGGCGUUUCCGAACACAUCGGCCGGUGACGCAGCUCAUGAUUAUUUCAAAAAGAUCGUUGAUGUACACGUCAUCAAACACACCGCCGGAGCUUUAAGUUUCUCCGGGAUAAACAAAGGACAUUUCUGGGAAGCUCUGGUGACAUUCCUCUACGUUGAUAUUUUGGAUACGACAGGAACGCUUUACUCAAUGGCUAGAUUCGCCGGAUUCGUAGACGAGAAAGGAGAUUUCGCCGGGCAGUAUUUCGCGUUUAUGUCCGACGCGUCUGCGAUUGUGAUCGGAUCGUUGCUUGGUACAUCUCCGGUGACGGUUUUCAUCGAAUCAUCGACGGGGAUACGUGAAGGAGGAAGAACGGGAUUGACUGCGAUUACGGUGGCGGUUUAUUUCUUCUUAGCGAUGUUUUUCACACCGUUGCUAGCUUCGAUUCCGGCUUGGGCGGUUGGUCCGCCGUUGAUAUUAGUCGGAGUGAUGAUGAUGAAAUCAGUGACGGAGAUUAAUUGGGAAGAUAUGAGAGAGGCGAUUCCGGCAUUUGUGACAAUGAUUCUAAUGCCGUUGACUUACUCCGUCGCGUAUGGAUUGAUCGGAGGGAUUGGGAGCUACGUGGUGUUGCAUCUAUGGGAUUGGGGAGAAGAAGGAUUGGUGAAAUUAGGGUUUUUGAAAAAGAAAGUUAAAGAAGAAGAAGAAGAGGAUAAUAAUGGAGUUGUCAAAGCUAGUGAGAUUGAUACUAGCGUUUAGAUAUUUUUCUUUGAUUUGAUUUUACAUUUUUGUUACUAUUGAUUUUUUAGAUUUCUUUCUUAGGAAGAAAAGACAAGUGAUUGCAUUAUUGAUUCGUUGCUCCUGUAGAUUUUUUGAAAAGGAAAGUGUAAAAAUGUUGGGGAGAAAAUAAAGAAAACUGUAGAAG